UCUGUAUAGAAGUCUCUGCUGUGGUACAUCACAGCGAGGGAUGGUUUGUACAUUGUAACACAAUGAAGGCGUGCACUGCAGCCCUGCUUUGGACCCUUUUGCUCACGCUGCGGGCCUCCUUUGCUGUGAGUCCCCUGAACUGCGAUGAAACUGAGUCCGUGGCUAAGACAGCUCUAGACCAGAUCAAUAAAAGACGAUGGAAUGGCUACCUUUUCGAGUUGGUGCGGAUUGCUGAUGCCCACGUGGACAAAGCGGAAUCCGCAGCUGUCUAUUAUUUAGUCCUAGAUGUGGAAGAAUCUGACUGUCCGGUGCUAUACAAGAAACACGGGGAAGACUGUGAGCCAGCUGUUUCUAGACGGCCAUCUGAUAUAGUGAUCGGACAAUGCAAGGUAUUAGCAAUAACAUAUUUGAAUGAAUCUCAGGAUCUUAGAGUGAAAGACUUUAACUGCACCACAAGUUCCGUCUUUUCAGCGCUGGCCAAUACCAAAGACAGCCCCGUACUCUUUGAUUUCUUUGAGGAUACCGAGCUCUACAGACAGCUAGCUGACAGAGCCCUUGAGAAGUACAAGAGAGAGAAUGAUGAUUUUGCCUCUUUCAGAGUGGACAAAGUGGAGAGAGUAGCAAGAGCGAGAGGAGGGGAAAGAACCAAGUACUAUUUGGACUUCUCUGUGAGGAACUGCUCCAGUCACCAUUUUCGCAGACCGUCUAAGGUCUUUGGAUUCUGCAGAGCAGAUUUGUCCUAUGAUGUAGGAGUCUCUGCCUUGGAAAUCCCAAAAGACAUUGUAGUAAACUGUAAAGUCUUCAACCUUGAGGAGCAUAGAAACAUCCAUGGUGGACCACGCCAUUUUGGCCAUCCCUUCCACUCUGGUCGGCAUGAGCAUAAUCAUAGUUUCAGUGAGCACCAUCCCCAUGGACACCCUCCCCAUGGACCCCCUCCNCAUGGACCCCCUCCCCAUAGACACCAUCCCCAUGGCCAUGAUUUCCAUGACCAUGGACCAUGUGACCCACCACCCAAUAGCCAAGGUCCCCAAGAUCAUCAUCGCUUGGGCCAUGGCCCACCACCUAGGCACUCAGAAGAAAGAGGUCCAGGUAAACGACACUUUCCCUUCCAUUGGAAACAAAUUGGAUAUGUUCACCGACUCCCUCCGCUAAAGAAAGGUGAAGUUCUUCCUCUGCCCGAAGCCAAUUUUCCCAUCUUCUCAAUACCGAACCACAAUGAUCCUCUAAAGCCAGAAUUUCAGCCCUUCCCUCAAUCAGCCUCUGACCAAUGUCCAGGGACGUUCAAGAGUGAGCUUCUACAAGUCUCAACGUUUUUUGCAUAUACUAUUUCAAAAUAAAAUCUGAUUUCUUGAUGGGGAAAUAUGAAUAAUAUUCUGAAUUAGAACCAUAAAUAAAAUGUGACCAGUAAUAAACACAAAA